AUGCUCGAACACGUUCAAUUGCCUCCCGAGACCCUCAGCCUCAUUUUUCGCUACCUCUCACCACUAGACCUAUCUCAGUGCCUCCGCGUCUCGCGACUCUGGCACGCCGAGGCCGAGCCCCAGCUCUACCGAAACAUGGUCCUCGAACCAGGAAUGACACUACGUCGACAAGUCCUUGCCGCCUGCACCCGGAAACACCUUAUCCGUCGAGUCGAGUUCGCUUCUAGCUAUGGCUACACCAUUCCUCUAUCGGACAUCCUCGAUUUCUUGCUCGAUUAUCGACCACCCCUCAAACACAGCGACGAUGCGGUAAGAACGUCAACAUGGACGUCGUCCGUUCCUUUUCCGAUUCCUGCUGGGCCCAAUCGCCCGACCUUGACGCAUUUCUCUCACCAGGGCUAUCACCAAUCUUGGAGACUGUUCGAUGCGAUCCUCCACAGUCUCACGUCCUUGGUAUCACUCGACUUGGAUUUUCUUCAUUAUGACAGCACAACGCGGACGAAUUAUGUUGUGGACCUGGACAGGAUCUUGACAAGAUUUCCUCGUCUGAAACACCUCGGCAUCAUUGGGACCAUGGUUGAAUACGCACCACCCAGGGCAGCAAGGCACGAGGGUCAGGACGAGUCAACGACAGGACAUUGCUGCCUCGAGUCAUUCACUUUCAAUCCGGCUCUGAUGUGGCGCGAAGGGCCGGACGCGUUCUCCCUUUUCAGACGACUGGGAGAUCUGAGGAAGCUCUCUAUUAUCUCAAACAAGAGGUAUGGGGAAUGUGCGAGGAGAACUCAACCCUGGGCGUUUGGGCGGGCCUUGAAGCAGUUUUGUUCAAAGGUGGAGUCGAUCCAAGUCGAGGGUGCAGCUGUCCUCUGGCUGUUUGACCUGCCCAUUCUCCCAUACUAUGAGGUGCCUUUCCUCGCUGAAUUGGUUUCGGAGGCUCUACCAUCUAGCCCAUCGGACUUGACGGUCGGCAUGGUGCAGGCACAAAGGGGGGCCGGGGACCGCCUCAGACAGCGAUUACAGGAACAAGAAGUAAGCGAGCUGCUGGAAGGGAGGACUGCGGUGCCAUUCUUCCCUCAGUUGAAGACCCUGAUUCUCGGAACGAGUCACUCUCUCUCAAUGCAGGAUCUGAUUUCGCUUGGAGUUCAAGCCCGGUUCUUGACGCAUGUGGAGAUCAAACACCAGGCCUACGGCUACGAAGGAGUCUGGGAUAUGUACGACACGGACGCCGCCACCGCCGCUUCUGCCUCCGUGCCUGAAUCGACGACCCACGCUUCUCUCGCGGCCAACAACAACUGGCAGUUCGAGGAUCGACGGCUUUGGAAACGACGACAUAUCGGCAACCUGGACGUGAUCCUCUUCUUGCAACUCUGCUCCAGCCUCCGCUACUUCUCUAUCACAAGACGUACCAUCCCACUCUUAGACCUUACCGCCGGCGAUCUCACUUCUCCAGUUAACUCAGAAACUUCAGCGACAAUACCCAGAAAAGCAAUGACACCGACCAUUCACCGUUGGGCUUGCGAAGAGACCCUACAGACGCUCAAAUUGGGUCUAUCCGUCCACCCAAGCCGGUCCAAAGAAUACCAUGCCAUGGUCUGGAACCACUUUGGUCGGCUCCAGAACCUACGAUCUCUCAGCUUCCCAAUGUCUUCCCUCGUCCCAUCCCCCGCCUACGGGCUCGAAGGCCUUCUAACGGGAGGAGGAAGACUGAGCGAGACAUUAACGGAGGUUCGGUCCUUGCCAUCAUGGUGGGAAGUCGAAGACCUACGCGGAAUGGUACUGUGGUUUGCAAAGUCGUUCCCGAACCUGGUUGUCCUUGGAUUGAUGCAUUAUCGGGAGCAAGUUGAAGGUGGGAAGGUGGAGAACUUUAUUGGGUUUUUGGAUGAUGAGGAUGUUAAGCGUUGUUCGAUCCAUAGGAUCUUUGUUGAGCCUAGGUCAACUUGA